GUGACGUCACAACGUCCAUCCCUUUCCCUUUGGAAUUUUGGGGGGGGGGGGGUCCCCCCAAAACCAUGGCUGAAGAGGGAGGUUCCCCGGGCGCCACCUCCUCAUCUCCUGAAGUUCCCACCACCACCACCUCCUCCUCUUCUUCUCCUCCUCCAGGAAUGGAACCCGACGCCGACCCUCCACCUUCUUCCCAACCCGGACCUCCUCCGGCCCUCAACCUCCCGUUGAUCCUCGAGGAACUCCGCCUCCUCCACCAACGCCAACUCCACCAAAUGCAGCUGACGGAGGACAUUUGCCGCCAGGUCCUCCUUUUGGGGACUCUCCACCACCCCAAAACUUCUCACCUACCUUUGGCCUUCAAAAGCGAACCUCCGAAACCGCCUCUCUUCCACCUCUUCCCACCGCUGAACCUCAAAGGUGACCCUCAUCCCGUUGCCACCUUCAUCCCGACGUCUUCUCCGGCUCUUCUCCGGCCGAAGAACGUCGGUGGAGAUACGGGGACCUCCCGGCACGAGUGUGGCUUUUGCGGGAAGGCCUUCGGAAGCGACAGCGCUCGGCAGAUCCACCUCAGGUCCCACACGGGGGAAAGGCCCUACAAAUGUAACGUUUGCGGCAACCGAUUCACCACGCGCGGCAACUUGAAGGUCCAUUUCCACCGCCAUCGGGAAAAAUACCCUCACGUCCAAAUGAACCCAAAUCCCGUCCCUCAACACCUCGAUUAUCUCCUCCUGGAGGGCACCCAACCUUCUUUGGUGGCCACACAACCACCUUUGGUGGCCACACAACCUUUAGGAGCCACUCAACCACCUUUAGGAGCCACACAACCUCCUUUAGGAGCCACUCAACCACCUUUAGGAGCCACUCAACCUUCUUUGGUGGCCACACAACCUUUAGGAGCCACUCAACCACCUUUAGGAGCCACUCAACCUUCUUUAGGAGCCACACAACCACCUUUGGUGGCCACACAACCUUCUUUGGUGGCCACUCAACCUCCUUUAGGAGCCACUCAACCUUCUUUGGUGGCCACACAACCUUCUUUAGGAGCCACUCAACCUUCUUUAGGAGCCACUCAACCAUCUUUGGUGGCCACACAACCUUUAGGAGCCACUCAACCUUCUUUAGGAGCCGCUCAACCUUCUUUGGUGGCCACUCAACCUUCUUUAGGAGCCACUCAACCUUCUUUGGUGGCCACACAACCUUCUUUGGUGGCCACUCAACCUUCUUUAGGAGCCACUCAACCACCUUUAGGAGCCACUCAACCUUCUUUAGGAGCCACUCAACCUUCUUUAGGAGCCACUCAACCUUCUUUGGUGGCCACUCAACCUUUAGGAGCCACUCAACCACCUUUAGGAGCCACUCAACCUUCUUUGGUGGCCACACAACCUUCUUUAGGAGCCACUCAACCUUCUUUGGUGGCCACACAACCACCUUUGGUGGCCACACAACCUUUAGGAGCCACUCAACCACCUUUAGGAGCCACUCAACCACCUUUAGGAGCCACCCAACCUCCUUUAGGAGCCACCCAACCUCCUUUGGUGGCCACCCAACCUCUCGUGGCCACUCAACCUUCUUUGGUGGCCACUCAACAGCUUCCUGGGACCACCCAGCAGCUCCCUGGGAGUGACCACCACCUGAGUGGGACCCAGGAAGUCAACGGAGCCACUCAAGAGGUCAACGCGGCCACUUCCCACCUCACCACCACCCCCCACCACCUCCCAGUAGCCCCUCAACCACUCCUGGUGGCCACUCACCACCUGAUGACUCCUUCCCACCACCUGACGGCCUUCCAGAAGCUUCUCCUCUUGAAGGCCACCGAAGGAAGAUCUAAAGGUGGAGAUGAAAACACUCCUCCGGGUAAAGGAUCCGCUUGGACGCUCUUCAGCGGUCGUUGGAAAAGUUCUCCACUCUUUUUGGAGCCACCACCGUCGUCGGAAACGUCGAAACUCCAACAACUCGUGGAGAAGAUCGAUCCACCACCACCAUCUUCACCACCUUCGGAUCCACCACGCCACCAAUGUCCCAUUUGUCGAAGGGUUUUGAGUUGUCCGAGAGCUUUGAGGUUCCAUUUUGGUCAACACGGUGGGAAUUUGGGUGGAGCCGAAAGGCCGUUUCGGUGUAAGAUUUGUGGGCGUUGUUUCUCCACGCGGGGGAAUUUGAGGGCUCAUUUUGGUGGGCAUCGUGGUGGUCCACCCAAUUCGUGUCCUCUCUGCCAGAAGAAGUUCACCAACGCUCUCAAUCUCCAACAUCACGUCCGGCUUCAUUUAGGAGGACAACUUCCCAACGGAGGUGGGAACGGUCAAAUGGAGGAGGACCUUCGGGUGGAGGAUGUGGAGAACCGCCAUGUGGAGAACCACCAUGGGGAGAACGUCCAUGUGGAGAACGUCCAUGUGGAGAACGUCCACGUGGAGAACAUCCACGUGGAGAACGUCCAUGUGGAGAACUUCCAAGUGGAGAACGUCCAAGCGGAGAACAUCCCAGUGGAGAACAUCCACGUGGAGAACCUCCACCUCGAGAGGAACCCCCAAACGAAGGGGACACUGAGAGAAGAAAGGGAGAACCUCCAAAAUGUUGGGGUGUCCCAAGAGGAAGAGGUUUCCGAAGAGGAGGAAGAAGGAUCUGAAGAUGAUUCCAAGAAGGAUCCCAACGAGGAGGAAGACCUUGAAGUGAUGGAGGACACCAAGACCACAGGGGACCUCCAAAUGGAAGAAGAAGGAGGAGAUGAAGACACGGCAUCGCCGGAGGGGUCUCGAAAACAGGUGACCUCAACGUGGACCUCUCGCGGCGUUUCCUCUCUGAGCGGAAAGGAGACUCCUCAAAAGUCCCGGAGAAGCGGUGGAGGAGCUCUUCGAGGCUUUUGGAAGCGUCGUCUUCCUCUUUUAUCCGCGAGGAACCCCCAAAAUCCAAGAGGGGACCUCCGAAAUCCAAGAGAGGACCUUCAAAAUCCAAGAGAGGACCUCCAAAAUCCAAGAGGGGACCUUCAAAAUCCAAGAGAGGACCUUCAAAAUCCAAGAGGAGACCUUCAAAAUCCACGAGAGGACCUCCAAAAUCCAAGAGAGGACCUUCAAAAUCCAAGAGGAGACCUUCAAAAUCCAAGAGAGGACCUCCAAAGCCCAAAGGAGAACCCGAACCCACCAAUUCCACCUCCAGAAGGAUCUGAAGGGGCUUUAGAUGCCACCAAGGAGGACCGGAGAAGCCGAGAAGAACUGGAAAAGUAGUUCCAUUACGGAGAAGUGGGUGAGGACACCCCAAAAGUCCUCUCCGGACCCCCAAAAUUCCUCCUUUUCCCCUCAAAAUUGGAGUUCUUUGCGGAGCAGAAGGUGAUUAAAGGCGUUUUGGAGCCACCUCUGAGCUUUUGG